CGCCCAGGGUUGCGACCUGCACUGGCCUCGUGGCCGCACCAUGAACCCCACCGAGGCCUGGAGCCCCAGCCCGGAGGUGGCGUACUGGGACUCCUCCGGGUCGGGGUCGGGGUGGGGCCCCCUGGAAGAGCUGGAGCUGUGCCAGGCCUGGGACCUGCCCUACGCCCACACCUACAUCCCAGCGCUCUAUCUGGUGGCCUUCGCCGUGGGCCUGCUGGGCAACGCCUUCGUGGUGUGGCUGCUGGCGGGGCGGCGCGGCCCGCGGCGGCUGGUGGACACCUUCGUGCUGCACCUGGCGUGCGGCGAGGAGCCCUCCGACGCCUUCCAGGGCCUCAGCCUGCUGCUGCUGCUGCUGACCUUCGUGCUGCCCCUGGGCGUCACCCUCUUCUGCUACUGCAGCAUCUCGCGCCGCCUGCGCAGGGCGCCGCACAUGGGCCGGACGCCGAGGAACUCGCUGCGCAUCAUCUUCGCCAUCGAGGGCACCUUCGUGGGCUCCUGGCUGCCCUUCAGCGUCCUGCGGGCCGUCUUCCACCUGGCGCGUCUGGGGGCGCUGCCACUGCCCUGCCGGCUGCUGCUGGCGCUGCGCUGGGGCCUCGCCAUAGCCACCUGCCUGGCUUUCGUCAACAGCUGCGCCAACCCGGUCAUCUACCUCCUGCUGGACCGCUCCUUCCGAGCCCGGGCGCGGCGCGAGGCCUGUGGGCGCCGCGGCCGGCAGGCGCGCAGGAUCAGCUCCGCCUCCCUGCUCUCCAAGGACGACAGCUCAGUGUUCUGGGGCCGGGUCCAGACGGCGACCACUGCCUCUGCCGCCCGAUAACGGCCCCAGGCUGAUGGAGGUGGGCGGCAGCGAAGCCGGGAGCGAGAAGGCCCAGGACCGGCUGGGCUCCCCAGACCUGCCUGUUCUGGUGCAGCCUGCGUCGCGCCCUGCAUCGCUUUCCCAGAAUCGCAGAGCUACCUGAACUCCCCCGAGGCAGGCUGCGGACACAGCUGUUCUCUCUGCCUCGGGGGCACCUGUGCUACUUUCCUCCAGUCGGAGAAAGGUUGGGGAGAUGAAGCAGCCAGCCGCCUGGAAGCCCGCAGGCUCUCCAAGUUCAGAGUGCUUUCUCUGCCGCAUCGCCAACAACACGCCCACCAGAUCAUCCAGCCCAGUUCCCCAAAUGCCACUUUUGUCUCUGGCCAUGCUUCCUCUGGUCCUCUAAAUGGCCCGUGCCUUCUGAGAAAUACGUUCUCCGCGUCUGACCCUCUGGCGCGCUAGCUCUCCGAAAUACUUGACUGAGCGUGGGGAUCACCAGCCCUUUUGGACUCACCUGUGGAGCUGGACUGGCGUUAUCAUUGCCACCAUCAAUUCAGAUUUUCAUUUCCAAAGCUCCUCAAAGCGUGGAAUUAACCGCCCCCAACCUACCUUAUGUCUUCGUCUCAAUGGGUUCCCCAGAAGUGACAGGGCUGCUUUGGCUUUGUGUCUGGUGACCCUUCUCCCCACUCCAGCAAAGCUGCAGGACUCACCUUGGAAGCUGGUGUGGACAGAAGGUUCUGAACUCCCUCUCCAUGUGCUCAGAUCCACCUUCACUCAGCAGAGACCCCAGAAUCCUGUAUGCCAGCGCUUCCUUCUCAGUAAACACGUGUGCCAGUCCUAGCUUGUCGCGGUGUCUGCUUGAGCAGUGGGGGUGAAAUGAGUGUCAGGAGGCGGGUGGCACAGCAGGUCAGACAACACUCAGCUCUGGAGCUAAGGCCGGCCUCCAGUGGUGACGGCCUGGCCCAUGACAGUGCCUGGGAGCUAGGCAGGAGCUGCAACCCCACAGGAGGGCAGCACAUCUCUUACUUUUAUUAUUUUUAAGGCCAUUUCACAUUUGCAAGGUUACAGAGGGGGGAAAAGAUCUAAGGGGUCUGCCAACCAGGUGCCACUUCAAAGAGGAGACGUGCCGUUUUUAUUCCCAUGUCUGUAUGGGUCCUCUUUUCCAACCGGUGCAAAUGUUCGGGAUCAGCUGUUUCCUAACUGUGACUACACGUUGAGCUUCCUGGAGGGUUUGGAAAUUCACUCUUUACACUUUUGAUAUAA